UCUCUCUCUCUCUCUCUCUCUCUCUCUCUCCUCUUCACUCGCAAUAUUUCUCUCAGCCUGGCUCACUGUUGCUCCGGCAUUCACUAGGUGAAGUCCUAUUUUUUUCAAUAUCAGAAAGUUUGCUGCAAACACUGUAGGACGUCUGCGAGUUGAUUGGUAAGUGGUUCACUUCACUUAAAGUGUCCUGCUCAUCUGAAGCCUUUUUGUGGAGAUCCAUCUUCCACCAGUUUUCCCCUUGUGGCGAGCCCAGCCCGGUUAGAAGAUGUAUCUCCCGCUUGCAGUGGUGAUAUGUCUGUCAGCUAUCCAGCUGUGUUUGGGAGAUCAGCCUGUGGAGGAAGUCGUGACAAAAAAGAAAGUGCCUCUCGUGGGUGGCUGGUUUGAAAGGAAUCCAGAGUCAGAUGAGGUUCAUAAGGCAACUCAACAUGCUGUGGAGAUGUUCAACACACACUCCAAGAGCAAGAAUAUGUUCAAACUGGUCUCCAUCACCACCGCUCAGUCUCAGGUGACCAACGUGAUCAACUUUAAGAUUGAUGCGGUCCUGGGAAAAACCAAGUGUCUCAAGGCUGAAAACCAUGACUUGGACAGCUGCAGUCUGGUGAAAAAGCAUGUGAAGUGCCACUUUGUGACGACUUUCAACCUUCGCAACAACAAAUAUGAGCCGCUGACACACAGGUGCAGGAAACUUGUGGACAACGUUUAAUUUGUUUUAGUUUAGCGCUACAGCUUUGACUACAUUAUUGUAUUUUGAUACAAUGUUUUUUUCUUAACCCAGUCUCAAUAAAAGUUCUUUGGAAAUGA